AUGCGGUUAUUGAUUUUCGUUUUGGCCGUUCUCGGCUUUUGCCUGACGGCUUUGGCUAAGAAGCAAGUGAUCAAAAAGCGCACGCCUCACUAUUGCGAGGUGAGCGAGCCCGGCUUCUCGUACAAAUUUGAUUUUAAGAAGCUGAAAAAAACCGACGACUACGUUAUUAGACAUGACAACGACGUUUUGAGAUUACGAAUAUGCGAGCAAUUAAAAACGAGUUGCAACAAACAUAAAGGAUACUCCAUUUGUUUAUCAAAGGGGAAGUCUAAUUCCGAGAUAGGCAUUGGAAGGGAACCUCCGGAAGUAAUUCCCGAAUUUGGUAAAAUAAUUUUCAAGUACACCGGCGAACAGUGUGAUGAUAAGCAUAAUUAUACUGUAAACAUAAAAAUGAUUUGUGAUUUUGCUAUCAAAGAUGGAAGUGGCAUGGCAUUUGCCGCAGCAAUGGAUACCAAUCCAUGUGAAUAUAACAUAGCGUGGCGAACUGAUGUCGCCUGUUCAGCUAAAAAAGUAGUAAAUUGUACUGUAGAUAAUGGAUCAAAUCAUUAUGAUCUAUCUAAAUUGAUUAAUCUUUCAGACAAUUAUAAAAUCACAUUUAAUGAAACCCAUUCGGUAAUAUUAAAUGUUUGCCAUUCCGUUUUGUAUAGUCGUCGAGCUUGUGGAGCACAUAAUGGUAUGUGCCUUGUUAAUAAUAAUGCACCAAUGGGCCAGACAAACAAGGGACUGGGUGAACCAAUUGAUGAUUUACAAUUUAUUGCUGAUGGCGAAUUAUCUUUGAUUUAUAAACAAGGACCAAUGUGUCCUGAGAAUGUUCCUAAUGCACUUCCACAUAUACAAUCAGUAAUCAUAUUUACUUGUGAUUUAGAUGCAACAGAUACACUACCCAAGUACGUAGGAGGGCAGGAAACAUGUAAUUAUACUUUUACUUGGAGAACUGCACAAGCCUGCAGUGAAAAAAAGUUGCAUGAAAAAAGCUUAGAAAUAACAAACAAUGACGUGUGUACGGUAAAAGACCCCGUUACGAAACACGUUUUUAAUUUAACGUCAUUCAUGAAUGAAGAGUUUAAUGUUACGUCGUUUGCAAGUAACGAAAUAUAUAAAUUCAGUAUUUGUUCACCUUUGGGUGAUUCUAUCUGUGGACCUGAAGCAGGUGCUUGUAGAAUUCACAGUAAAGUAUCAGGUGGAAAAGCUACCACCAAAUUAAUGUGGAAAGAAAGUGGCCCAUAUUUGAAUUAUACGGAUGGACAUUCAUGUAACAAUAAUCAGAGUCGAAGAUACACAAUUAUUGAAUUUCAUUGUGGUAAUAGAAAUGAUUAUGAAAUUGAAGAUCAAGAUGAUAUUUGCAGUAAAGUCAUAAAAAUGAGUACAAAAUUAGCUUGUGACGAAAAGAAAAGGGAGUGCGCCACUGCUAAAAAUGAAGUUAAUUUAAGAUCAUUAAUUCGUCUGAGAGAAAAUUACAUCACUAAAGUAGAUGGUGCGAAUUUUUAUAUGAAUAUUUGUAAGCCACUUGUAAAAAAAAAUAAUCUUAGCUUGUGCAAUGGUGCGGGUUUAUGUAAAGCUGUGAUCACAGACGGCAAAAUAACGGAUGUUGUCAAUUUGGGAUAUCCGGAUGACAGUCCUGUUCUGACGAGUGCUGACACAGUCACGUUGAUGUACCAUAACGGGUCAAUAUGCAAAGAAGAAAAAAAAUCAAGAAUAGAAUCAAGGAUACUGUUUUCAUGUGAUCCAUUCCUUUCAAAUUUGGCGCAGGGUCAGCCACAAUUUUUGAGAUACGAAAAAUGUAUAUACUUUUUUGAAUGGAAAACAAACGUUGUUUGCGGUAAAGUUGACGGCAUUUAUGCCAACAAUUACAUAACUAAUACUUAUGGUGAUCACCUAAAUUUAUCAGUAUUAGCUAUGGAUAAAAAUCCGGUGUACCUAGUUGAAGAUAGACUAAAAACGAAAAAGUACAAGAUAUCCUUUUCUAGCAAUAAAAAGUAUUGUCAUGGAGCAUUAGUAUGUGACACCAACAACGACAUAAAUUAUGGCACCGAAGUAAGUGUGAUUUGGGAUUAUUCUCACAAUCUUAUUCGUCUCUCGUCAACUGAAGGUAGCAGAUGCAGCGAUGGUACUUUAGCACAAUCGACUAUCACUAUAUUCUGUAACGAAGAAUCGUAUACAGAUGAACCACUAUUUCUAAGAGGGGAUAAUUGUAGUGUAGAAUUCGAAUGGUAUACUAGUAAGAUUUGUAAGUCGCAAGCAGAACCACUGAUUUCUACAUUAAAUAGUACAAAUGUAAUUUCAGGUGGAGCAAUAAUUGGUAUCAUUGUUUUGAUAGUUUGUGCAUUAUCAAUUUGUUACUUAAAAGAUUCGACAAGACGAUCUCAUUUUUUAGAUCUAAUUACCUGUAAUUUGACUACAAGAAACUGUGAUCGUGUUAAGUAUUCUCGGGUAAAUACAGUUGAAGAAGUACACUUGCUAUUGAAUACUUCCGAUCCUACCGUCAUUGAUUCAGAUAGUGAGGAUGAACUUAUGGAACCCUAAAAUGAUUUUAAUUGAACGUAAAGUAUCGUGUAAAAAUCCUGUAAAAUUUGAAUACAAAGCGCCUUAAAAUCUAAAUUUAUAAAAUAUGGACAAAGUACGUUUAAGAUAAUAUACAUACAGAAAUGAACUGAGGCUUUUCUCCUACAUAAUGUUUACAAACUGUUACCUUAGCCACUAGAAAAACAUUACAGUUUUCUUGAAAUAGUUUUUCUCGAUGUAACGUAUAUAGUUUUUCAAAUUAUGAUGUUAAGUUGGCUUUCUAAUUUAUAUAAAAUACAGUAAAUUAUAAUUUUUUUCACACAUUUUCAAUAUACAUAAAAAAAAAAAAAAAAAGAAUUAAAGAUUUGCCAAUAGUAUACAUUUUCUCAAACUCGAUAAAGUGAUUUUAAAUAAAAUUUUUACCAUGUUUAAGGAUUUCUCUUACCAGUGACAACCACUGACUUUCGAUACUUGACAUUUGCACUGUUGUACAGCGAUAUGUAUAAUAAUGGUGUGUGCAUGUGUAUGUAUAUAAAGUCAAUUGUAAUAGUGUGCCUAAGGAUGAAUUUUUUAAAUUAUUACGUUUAAAUGUCAUGUAAGUACAAACUGCAAUUUUUUAUGUACGUUAGCUUCAUAUGCGAUCGUUUGGAGUUAAACGUGCUCUUCAUUCGGUUCUUAAACUAAAACACGUCUGAGAACCCCUUAGAACCGAUAUAUUAUCCAAAUCAUGCAUGCAAUAACGCUUGUUUUUUUGGUAUUGUAGUUUAGGAAUCGAACUGAAUCCAAGCCAAAGUGAUUGCAAAUAAACACAGGUGAAAAAAAAAAUAAAAUAAACUUGUAUAAUAUAAUAGUAACUUUUGAUACUGAUAUCAGAGGAUGCUACUACGAUACGAAGCAAUGCUAAAGGGUGUAUGUUUUUUUGUACUUGCCAUACUUAUAUUGUACGCACCAGUGUCGAACACUAUAUUUUUCCCAAGCCGGGCGCAGCAUAUGUCCAAAGA